AUGACACCCCAUAACAGUGUUCCUGUUAUCUAUAAAUACUUUCCUCUAGGGUUUUACUGUCUGGAAGGUAGCUCACAGAGACCCACCUCCCCGUUCCUGUGCCCACAGGGCUAUUACUGUGAAGAGGGCACCGCCACCCCUCAUGGGUCACCUUGCCCUGCUGGUACAGCGGGGGAACAACUGGGCCAGACAAGUAGGGCAGCCUGCAAGAGAUGUAGAGAAGGACGCUUCUGUCCUGCAGGCUCAUCAGGACCUGGCUUGCCCUGUGCCCGGGGUAGAUAUUGCCCUGCUGGUACCUUGGAAGAAGUCAUAUGUCCUCCAGGCACCUUCACGCCUCAUCAAGGGGCAAUAAGUGUAAAGGAUUGUCUCAAAUGCCCUGCUGGUUUCUACUGUCCAGAGGGGACAAGUGACCCAAAGCCCUGUCCGCCAGGCUCCUUUAACCCCUUAGAGGGUCAGGAUGAGUUGGCUGAUUGCAGAGAGUGUUACGCAGGAAAGGCCUGCACACAGGUAGCCCUGAGAGCGCCUGAUGUAGACUGCAUGCAAGGGUUUGUGUGUCCUCCUGGUUCCUCCAAACCCAACGCACCAACCAAUGCAUGUCCACCGGGAACACUGAGCAAUCGCACUGACCUCACCGACCGCUCACAGUGUCAGCGGUGUCCAGCACGAUAUGCCUGUCUUCGAGGAACUGGUGGUAUCCAGAGACCACCACUCUCCUGCUUUGCUGGACAUUAUUGUCCACCUGGAACUAUGUUUCCAACCCAGUACAAGUGUCCUGUGGGGACAUGGAGCAGUCACAGUGGAUUGAAGACCGAAAGCGAGUGCCUGCCAUGCCCACAGGGUUGGUACUGUUUGGCUGGUUCAGGUGCUCCAUCAGGUCGAUGCAGCUCUGGACACUACUGUCCUGAAGGGACUGCAUAUGGCACCCAGUUUCCUUGCCCGGCAGGCACCUACAGCAUCCAAAUGGGAAACAGACACAGAGAGGAUUGCUUGAUAUGUCCUGAAGGCUCAUUCUGCCAGCAGGGCACCUCCAAACCUUCGCCUUGCCCACCCUCCACAUUUCGCCGUCUGAAAGGAGGUCGGAGGCUGGAGGACUGCUCUCCUUGCCCUGCUGGCUAUUUUUGUCCCCACUCAGCCAGUGUCAACCCCAGAGUGUGUGGAGCUGGCAGCUUCAGUGACGAAGGCUCUGUGGAGUGCUCUCCAUGCCUGCAGGGCCACUACUGCAGCAAUGAGACCACAAGUGAGGAAGCCAUGCUAAGCACCAUGGUGUGUCCGCCAGGUUUUCUCUGCUCUCAGGGUUUGGCUAGAGACCCUCAACGCUCAGCCACCCUCUGUCCUCGAGGUUUUUAUUGCCCUGGAGGAGGCAUUGAUCCCAACCCAGUUCCUUGCCCUAAUGGCACGUACGGUGAAUUUCCUGGUCUGCGUGACGCCAGUGAAUGUGUCCAGUGUCCUGAGGGGAAGUAUUGUUACUCCCAGCUUCCUCAGGAGCAACCUAUUACCAGGCCUACAGGAGUGUGUCCUGAUGGGCACUAUUGCCCCCGAGGGACUGGCUACUCCUACACAUAUGCCUGUCAGGCUGGCAGAUACAGGAACAACACACUUGGUCACAGUGGAGAGACGUGUAUUUCAUGUCCAUCCAGGCAUUACUGCAACAGGCCGGGAACUCACAUGCCUCUAGUUUGUCCUCAGGGAUUUUACUGUCCAGACGGCACUUCUUCACCCGAGCCUUGUCCUGAGGGAACCUACAGCUCACGCUCUGCUCUCAGAGAUGGGUCUGAGUGCACCUCUUGUGGUGGAGGACAGUAUUGCAGUGGUGUGGGACUUAAAGAGCCCUCUGGAAGCUGCAAAGAGCGUUUCUAUUGCAGGGAGGGAGCCAAGUCUGCAACACCAGCUGAUGGACCGACUGGAGGUGUGUGUCCAGCAGGAAGCUACUGUCCUCCAGCUUCAUCCUCUCCCCUCCCUUGUUCCUCUGGCACCUUCAGCAACAGCACCGGCCUCAGCAGACCUGAGGAGUGUGUCAGCUGUCCACCAGGUUUUUAUUGUUUAGGUUCCAACAACACCUCACCUUCCGGUCCUUGUUUUGCUGGUUUCUACUGUACCGGCGGCUCAGCUUCACCUGUUCAGAAUGAAGCAGAGGAGGGUUAUUUUACCUUGGAGGGGGCAGCCAGGGCAGAACCAUGUCCUCUUGGCUCAUUUCAGUUGCGUCGAGGUGCAAAGUCAUGUGUGGAGUGUCAAGGAGGCCGACUGUGUAACCAGACAGGCUUGUCUCAACCUCCACUGUGCCCCACAGGACACUACUGUCCUCCGGGGUCCUCUGCUGCUCGCCCCUGUCCUCCGGGCUCUUACUCUGACCAGCCUGGUGGUAAAGCUGUGCAUCACUGUCGGCCAUGUGAAGCAAGUUUCUUCUGUGGUAGAGCUGGUCUCUCUGAACCUCAGGGUCUCUGUGACCCGGGACAUUACUGCACCUCGGGAGCCUCCACUGCCUCUCCAGUGGCUAUGGCUUCUGGUGGUGUGUGUCCUGCUGGUUACGUCUGUCCAAAGGGGACUAAAUACCCCCAACAGCACCCCUGUCCUGUAGGAACCUGGAGCAACACCGUGGGAGCCCAAAACCUGUCCUCCUGCUGGCCCUGCCCUCCAGGACUCUACUGCAACAGCACUGGACUGAGCCAGCCAUCAGGAAUCUGUGACAUAGGAUAUUACUGUUCAGGAGGAGCGGCGUCUUCAAUGCCUUCCGAUGGUGUGACAGGGGACAUUUGUCCAAUUGGACACUUUUGUCCCAUUGGCUCAGCUUCUCCUCUACUGUGCCCCGAUGGGACACACUCAAACACUACAGGUGCAGAGGCAUGUGAUGACUGCCCCUCUGGGACAUACUGUCUGUCAGGAGAAGGUGUCCAGUCCUGUCCAGUAGGACACUACUGUCUUGGUGGUGGAGUAGAGGGCAUCUUACCCUGCCCUCCUGGCACAUAUAGCCCUCAGUUUGGCCUCAGUCAAGUGGAGCAGUGCCUCAUUUGUCCAGCAGGAUUCUUCUGUGAGGACUGGGGUCUGUUUGAACCCACUGGGCCCUGUCAGGCUGGUUACUACUGCAUAGCAGGUGUAAACUUUCAGAACCCUGAUGGCAACUUCAGCACAGGAGUAGGAGGAGCAUGUCCAAAGGGAAGCUUCUGUCCCGAGGGCACCAGCCUCCCUCUGCCCUGUCCACCAGGAACCUACUCUAACAGCCUUCAUCUGACAGACUUGUCUGGCUGCAGUUCAUGUCCAGCGGGUCGCUUUUGUGCCACUGCAGGUCUUACUCGUCCAUCUGGACUGUGUCAGGCUGGGUUUUACUGCCCAGGGCGAGACACAACAAGCACAGGCUCAGAGGGGGGACUUUGCCCAUCAGCUCAUUACUGUCCUGAGGGCGGUGCGAGUCCAGUGCCUUGCCAAGCUGGAACCUACACCAACCUCACAGGCCAGUCAGUGUGUUCCCGCUGCCCUGCUGGAUACUACUGUCCAGAAAAAACUGCCAAUUUUACCACGUUCCCCUGUCCUCCUGGAUUCUACUGCCCCGAUGGAACAAGGCAUGCCACUCAGUUUCCCUGCCCUAGGGGAUACUACAACCCAGAGCCUAUGACUCAGAGUCUGGACAGCUGCCUGCCCUGUCCUCCAGGAUACUACUGUGAGAAAGAAAGGCUGACCAAAGUGUCUGGAAAAUGCAAGCCUGGUUGGUUCUGUGUGUCGGCAGCGUGGAACUCCCAGCCCUUUGACCUGGACAAUUACACAAAUGCCAACUGUCUUUGUCCGGCUACCUCCACAGGGGGGCGCUGCCAGGUGGGCUUUUACUGCCCCCUGGGUAGCUCAGAGCCUGUGCCUUGUCCACCUGGAGCCUUCUGUAACAUCUCAGGUUUGGCUCUGCCAGUGGGUCCAUGCUCCCCAGGGUAUUACUGUGUAGGAGGAGCCACUGAGGCCAGACCAACACAUGGAGAAACAGGUAGCAUCUGUCCACCUGGGACAUACUGCGUUGAGGGCUCAGGUGAGCCUGAGUUGUGUCCAGCUGGUACUUUCUCCCCAGUGCCAGGUCUGGCCAGUGAGGCUGGAUGUCAGCCUUGUACUGCAGGUUUCUACUGCGAUAGAGCAGGCCUAAAAGCUCCGACUGGACCUUGCAGGAAAGGCUACUGGUGUCCUCCUGGUCAGACUGUUGCUAUGGCUCUGCCAUGUCCUCCUGGUCACUUCUGCUCAGAAGGCAGUUCAUCUCCACAACCCUGUCCCUCAGGAACCUACCAGGAUAGAGACAAACAGGCUUCCUGCACUGUCUGUGAGGCCGGGUAUUACUGUGAUUUGAGAUUGGCUCUAGCCAACGUCUCCUUGCUGAGGCCCUGCCCGAAAGGACAUUACUGUCCUGCAGGUACAGCCCUGCCCAACCAGAACCCCUGCCCCAUCGGCUCCUUCAACCCAAGACAGCGCACUGAAAGCUCAGCAGGCUGCAUCCCAUGUGCUGCUGGACAUUACUGUCCUUCUGCUGGACUGUCAGAGCCGGCAGGACCAUGUCAUGCUGGUUAUUGGUGCAGAGUGGGAGCCUCCUCUCCCAGCCCACUGGAUGGACUCUCAGGCUCCCUGUGUCCUCCUGGUCACUACUGCCCCUCAGGCACCACAGCUCCCGAGGCCUGCCCUGAAGGGAGAUGGUCAAACAGCUCUGGUCUGCGUAACCAGGAGGACUGUAAACCCUGUCUGGGAGGAUUUUACUGUGACUCUGCUGGCCUCACUAAACCCAGUGGAUUGUGUAGUGCAGGAUAUUACUGUGCAGAGGGAGCUGCCACAUAUAUCCCCACUGAUGGACUAACAGGGGGACCCUGUCCUGAAGGUUACUACUGUCCAGAGGGAACUGUUCAACCUGUACAGUGUGAUCCAGGGACAUAUGUGGCUGUUACACAUGCUACUCAUUGUGAGCCUUGUGUGCCAGGCUGGUACUGUGUGUCUGGCUCUCUGUAUCUGUGUCCUGCAGGAUUUUACUGCCCUGAAAGAACUGGAUUUGACUUGAGAAGCUGUCCAGAGGGAACUUACGGCCCUGACCUCGGCUACUGGUCUGUCUCUCAGUGCAGACAGUGUGACGGUGGCCAUUACUGCUCUUCCAGAAAUGGCACAGCUGUCACUGGACCAUGUCAGAAAGGAUAUUACUGUUCACAUGGAAACAUAUCUCCACAGCCUCUCUUACAGGAUUCAGGAGAAGGAGGGCCAUGUCCUGCUGGUCAUUACUGCCCUCAGGCCUCCGUUCAUCCCCUGCCCUGUCCUCGUGGAACAUUUUCUAACCUUAGCAAAUUAGUCUCAGAGGAGGAUUGCCAGGCAUGUCUUCCAGGUUACUACUGCGAUGCCAUGGGGCUCUCAGCACCUUCAGGAAAAUGCAAGGAAGGUUUCUUUUGUUUGGAGGGUGCAGAGCGUUCUGAUCCUCCUGUGAGAGACAGUCGCGGAGGACCAUGUCCAAAAGGUUAUUACUGUUCUGAGGGCUCUGUGGCUCCUCAGCAGUGCCCCUUGGGAACCAUCAGUAGAGAAGACGGCCAGCCCAGCUGCAGCGCUUGUCCCCCAGGUUUUUACUGUCCUGGAAGAAGUAAUGGCUCUCUCUCAGCGAGUUAUGACUGUCCAGUGGGCCAUUACUGCCCGCCUGGGACCCGGUCCAAACACCAGUACCCGUGUCCAGCUGGAUCCAUCAAUCCCCACACUCGAAUGGCAAAACCCCAGGACUGCUUGCCCUGCCCUCCAGGCUUCUUCUGUGCAUCUCCUGGGAAAGGUGUUGCAUCAGGUCAGUGUGGUGCAGGGUAUUACUGCCUGUCUGGGGCCUGGUCACCCACACCAGAGGAUGGAGGGAUGACAGGUGACAGAUGUCCUGAAGGUCAUUACUGUGCCCAAGGCUCCUCAGCACCGCUGCCCUGUCCAAUUGGACACUACAGCAACAAAACUAGAAACAGUCAUCUCUCCGACUGCCUGCCUUGUCCUCCAGGUUUCCUGUGUGUCACCAGAGGGCUCUCUUUACCUUCUCAUAUCUGCCUGCCUGGCUUUUAUUGUCCAGGCAGGGAAAACAGCAGCCAGCAAGACUCAGUAGCUUGCUCACCUGGAAACAGGUGCCCAGCUGGAUCUGAUAGACAGGUACCCUGCCUGCCAGGGACCUACCAGAGUUUAUCUGGACAGGCAGACUGUGUUAAAUGUCCAGCAGGAUUUUACUGUGCUGGUUCAGUGGAUGCUGACACUGGGCUUGUGUCUGGGACUCACACUCCCAUGCUAUGUCCUAAAGGACAUUAUUGCCCAUCAGGAACGCAGACUGGUAUAACAUUCCCAUGCCCAGCUGGCACUUUCAGCAGGCAGAUGGGCUUGUCCAAUAAGUCAGGCUGUGAGCUCUGCCCUCCAGGGACAUACUGCAGCUCCUCUGGACAGGCUGCUCCCACUGGGGUCUGCUCUCCUGGUUACCUCUGUAUCCACGGCUCCGUUUCCCCCCAACCAGAGGAGGGCCAGACCGGAGGCCGCUGCUCUGCAGGGUCCUACUGCCCCCAGGGUACCACCUACAUGGUUCUCUGCCCUGCAGGCACAUUCAGCUCCGUAGAUGGAGCAGUUUCUGUAGAAGUAUGUCAGCCCUGUUUGCCUGGCCACUACUGUGCUAAGGUUGGUCUCUCGUCCCCAUCUGGACUCUGCAAGCCUGGUUUCUACUGCACAGAGGGAUCCAGAACUGCCACACCUUGGGGUAAUAUCACAGUUACAGGAGAUAUCGCAUCUCCAUCCUUACUUCCUGGAGACUCAACCGUGGGUCAGUUCCAUGGUGAUGUGUGUCCUGCAGGCCACUAUUGUCCAGAAGGGAGUGCCGAGCCCAGCCCGUGUCCUCCAGGCACUUUCUUGGGGAGGUCUGGGGCCGAGUCUGAGGCCGACUGUGGAGCUUGUUACCCAGGUUCUUACUGCCCCUCAUGGGCUCAGACCUCUGCUGACCUCCUCUGUCCUCCAGGGUGGUUCUGUCCACCAGGAUCAGUGUCUGGUCAUCAGCCAGGAUUCCAGUGUCCACCUGGCCAUGCGUGCCCACAUGGUAGUGCCGAGCCAGCUGUCUGCAGCCAUGGCACUUUUCAGUCUUCAUCUGGACAGUCCACUUGUAACAGCUGCCCAUCAGGAUUCUACUGUAUGAAGGGUUCAUCUUCACCGUCUCCAUGUCCAAUUGGCCAUGUCAGUCCUUCAGCUGGGAGGACAUCCCUGAGUGACUGCUCCCCCUGCCCCUCUGGCUCCUUCUGUAACAGCAGUGCUCUGACAGAGCCGUCUGGACCCUGCAGCUCAGGACAUUUUUGUUCUCUGGGGUCCACUGAAGUUUCUCCUGUCUCCCAGCCUUAUGGAGAUGUGUGUCCCAUGGGGCAUUUCUGUCCUCAGGGCAGUGGGUCACCCAAACUGUGUCCUGUUGGAAGCUUCCUCCCAGAGCCUGGAGCUUCCUCCUUCUCCCAAUGCCGCCCUUGUCCCCCAGGGAAGUACUGCCUCACUCCUGGGAUCUCACAGCCCUCAGGUCUGUGUUUUGCAGGUUUCUUCUGUUCUGGAGGUGCAGAUAGUCCCACUCCUCGAGCCAAUGCGUCUUUGUUUAGCUGUCUGUUUGAAAUACUGGACAUUUACACCAUGAAGACAGACAUUGCCGUCUGGAUGCACAAUCUGUCCCGCUUCAACAGCUCGGACGCUAGAUGGAUCAAAGUGGUAACGGUGCCACAGGCAGAUUCAGAUCAUAUUGUGACUCACUCUGCGCCAUGUCUCAAGAGUCCACAUUAUGCGUGUUCCACCUACAGAGGAGACAUAUGCCCUAGGGGUUUCUAUUGUCCUUUGGGUUCUACCUACCCUCAGUCCUGCGAGGCCGGCUCCUACUGUAACAAGACUGGCCUUGAUGCCCCAGCAGGGCCCUGUGGGGCAGGAUAUUACUGCCCUAGAGGCACUUCAGACCCCUAUGUCCACCAGUGCCCCACUGGACACUACUGCCCUGUUGGAACCCCGAUUCCUCUGCCCUGCCCUCUUGGAACCAUUAAAAGUUCUCUCGGGGGAUCAACAGUUGAGGCUUGCCAGCUGUGUCCUGCAGGUCACUACUGCCACCAGAGAGGGAAAGCUAAGCCAAGUGGGCCCUGUGCAGAAGGCUACUACUGUCCUGAGGGACAGAGCUCUGAAAGACCACCACCACAUGUCUGCUCAGUGGGACACUAUUGUGAGAAGGGCAGUGUCAGACAGACAGCCUGCUUUCCCGGCAGCUACCAGUUCAGACAAGGCCAAGGCAGCUGUGAGACAUGCCCUGCUGGUUCCUAUUGCCAUGAUCAAGGAAUGGUCCAUCCACUUCUCUGUGAGAGAGGAUUUUACUGCCCCAGCGGAUCAACAAAUCAACAUCCCUGUCCAUCGGGGAGCUAUGGAAACAUGUCAGGGCUGGUUGAGGAAUGGCAGUGCCCACAGUGUGACCCUGGGAUGUACUGUAAAGGAAUAGGAAGGACUUCCCCCAGUGGACUGUGUGCUGCAGGGUUUGUUUGUGUUGGAGGAGCCAAUGAACCGUCACCAUCAGAUAAUGUGACAGGAUUCUCAUGUCCUCGUGGAUUUUUCUGCUCUGUGGGGACCUUCGAACCAAAACCCUGUCCGAGAGGAACAUUCAGUGAGCUGACCGGGCUUGUGGAAGAGUCUCAGUGUCGUAGCUGCACUCCCGGCUUUUACUGUUCAGAGUCUGGCCUCUCUAAAGUCUCUGGACCCUGCCUGCCAGGUUUCUACUGUCUAGAGGGAUCCCACUCUGCCACUCCAAUGUCGAGUGUAUCCGGAGACGUUUGUCCAGCAGGCUAUUACUGUGCAGAGGGCAGCAGUGCUCCCUCACCCUGCCCAGCCGGCUCUUACCAGAAUGAGGCUGGAGGAAAAGGCAAAGAUGACUGCAAACCAUGCCCUCUUGGCUGGUUCCAGGAUUUAUCAGGCCAGAAAGCAUGUAAUCCUUGUCCUCCUGGGUUCCACUGCCAGUCUGUGAAUUCCAGUCCCACCAGGGGGAGCUCCACUGGAGUGUCCAGCCCUCUGCCCUGCCCAGCUGGCUACAUCUGUCCCAGGGAGAGUCCAGACACUCAGCCUCUGCCCUGCCCCAAAGGCAGCUACAGCCACAGCCAGGGUCUCACCACCACGGGUCAGUGCUUAGUGUGUCCCACAGGUCAGUUCUGUGGCUCUGAAGGUUUGGUUGAGCCUUCAGGAUCAUGUGCUGCUGGCUUUCUUUGUUUGAUGGGUGCCAAGGUGCCAAAUCCAACUGACAACAGAACUGGAUCUCUCUGUCCGCCUGGGAUUUACUGCCAGCAAGGGCUUAAAGCAGGAACGUUUAGCCCUGAAGCAGGGAACACACAUCAAGACAAUUGCACCAUCUGCCCUCCUGGUUACUAUUGUCAAGCUGAAGCUACUGUCCAGCCCGCACUGUGUCCCGUUGGACACUACUGUCCUGCAGGUCUGGUUCUUGGACUGGAGUUCCCUUGCCCUCCUGGCACCGUGCAGAACCAGCUUGGAGCCUCCAGUCCUGAUGCCUGCCUGCUCUGCCCUGCUGGGAUGUUCUGCUCUCAGUCUGGUCUGUCGCAGCCAACAGGACUCUGUGAGGCAGGAUACUACUGUCCUGCUGGAUCUACCAGCCUGAACUCUACUGAAUAUCAGGGGAAUUCUACUGGCAGCUAUCUUUGUCCGUCUGGCUACUACUGCCCCUCUGGCACUGGCUACCCUCUCCCCUGCCCAGCAGGCUCUCUUUCCAUCUCUCAAGGACUUAAGGAAGUUGACGAAUGCUCUCCUUGUCCCCCUGGACUGUUUUGUGACAGUCCUGCAAUGGCAGAGCUGUUAGAUGCUCUACCAUGUCAGGCUGGGUAUGUGUGCCUGGGUGGCAGCUCCAGUCCCACUCCAUCUGAUGGCUCCCAUGGCUACCUCUGCCCUGCUGGCCAUAGCUGUCCUGUUGGCUCAGCAAGUGAGGUUCCCUGUGAACCUGGCACUUAUAGUCCAGCCUCCGGAGCAGCCCAUUGCAUAAUAUGCCCCAGAGGAACCAUAUGCCCCUCCUCAGCCACUCAAGAGCCCUCUACAUGCCCAGUCGGUCAUUUUUGUCCUGCAGGGGCAGCCUUACCUCAGCCCUGUGCUUUAGGAACUUUCAGCAACCAGACAAGCGCCCACUCCCUAUCUGUCUGCACACCUUGUCCCUCUGGAGUGUACUGCAGCUCAUAUGGAGCCUCAACACCACAAGGUCCAUGUUUGCAGGGUUAUUUCUGCCAAGGUGGAGCUGUGGAGCCAACACCUCAGAGCUCUGACAGCUUCCCCAGGAAUGGGCCUUGUCCUGUGGGUCACUACUGUCCAGAAGGGUGCCUCUCACCGAUUCCAUGUCCUCUUGGCAGUGUUCGCAACACCACUGGAGGAGUGUCCCUGGAGAGCUGCUCUGCUUGUCCUGCAGGUCACUACUGCUCCACUGAGGGUCUGUCAAACCCCAGUGGCCCUUGUGCUGCUGGUUUCUUCUGCCCUUUUGACUUCUCAUCAACCACUCCAUAUGCAUUCCUCUGUCCCAAGGGCCACUACUGUCCUGAGGGAUCUGCCUUGGCAUCCCCAUGUCCCACAGGCGAGUACCAACCAAAUCCAGGUUCAGACAGCUGCAUCCCAUGCCGACCUGGAUUCUACUGCGAGGAGGCCAUAGUGGGAGAGCCAUGGCCCUGUCCACCACACUCAUUCUGCCCUGCAGGCACAAUGGUACCUCAGCCCUGCCCUAAUGGGACUUACACUCAUUCAAACCAGAGAGGACUUCAGGAAGAGAGAGAGUGUUUAUCCUGCCCUCCAGGGAAGUUCUGCAGGGCUGGUAGGAUUCAGGGUGUUUGUGCUGCCGGAUAUCUCUGCAUUUCUGGUAGUGCAGAUUUCACCCCUCAGGGACCGACAUCUAGCCUGACCCAGUGUCAGUGGGGUGUGCAGUGUGCUGGACCGUGCCCACCAGGUUUUUAUUGUCCUGAAGGCACAGAGCAGGCACUACUGUGUCCUGCAAACACCCUCAGAAGCUCCCUAGGAGGUGCCAGCCUACAGGACUGCUUACCCUGCCCACCACAGUACUGGUGUAAGCCUGGAGACCCAGUCACUCAUCUGUGUCCUGCUGGUCAGUACUGUGAUGGUCUCCCUGGCAGCGAUUUCAAUGGAGGGACAGGACCCAGGCCAUGUCCUCUGUACACUUAUCGAGCUUCCCCUGGGGCACAUAGCAAGGGUGACUGCCUGCCCUGCCCCCCUGGGUCACACUGUAACAGCACAGGGCUUACAGACUAUUCUAACCUUCCCUGCCCACCUGGAUUUUGGUGCAGUGGGUCUGGACCUCCCAUCCUCUGCCCAGCUGGCACCAAGAGGCAGCUUCCUGGUGCUGCUUCACCAGACCAGUGUGAACCAUGUGCAGGGGGAACCUUCUGCCCAGACCCUCGAGCUACAGGCAAACCCAAUGUGGAAGGGAUACCCUGCAGGGCCUCUUAUCAAUGUCCAGUUGGUGCAGUUGCAGAGAAGCUGUGCAGAGCUGGCUCAUACUGUGGACCUCAAACUGCUGAGCCUGAAGUCUGUCCAGAAGGUUAUUUUUGUCCUGAGGGGUCCCAUUCCUACAACAUCCCCAAACAGCUCUGUCCAUUUCCCUACUACUGCCCAGCCAAUAGCUCUGCCAUGAAGUCCUGCGAAGGGGGCUCCAUGCCUGUCGACACCAGCGGGCUCAGAGGAUCCAAAGACAGCUGCUGUAGUGUUUGCGAGGGGGGCACCUAUCGACAAUACUUCUCCCCCAUUCUGAAAUGCCUUCCAUGUCCCCCAGGAUACUAUUGCCCCCCAGGUACAGACGACUACAAGAGCAACCCGUGCCCUCUCGGCUAUGUCUGCCCCAUGGGAUCCACCCAAAUGAUAUCCUGCCCUCCUGGCUCGUUUGGCAACCGCACUCGUUCUGAGAAAAUAGGCGACUGUCACCCAUGUCCAGUUGACACCUUCAACCAUCUGCCUGCCCAGAAGGCCUGCUUUCCCUGUGGCAGCUCCUCCACCUCACCAGCCGGUUCUUCCUCUUGUACCUGCACUGGUAAGAACCGUGCUUUCCAGUAUUCUGAUGGAUCAUGUUUGUGCAGAACUGGCUUUAUCUUCUACAAUGAACUGGAUUUCAAAAGCUCUACCUCUGAUAGUGAGUUAGACUGCCAGCCUGAGGUGAACAGACGAUGUGCCACAGGAGAGGUGCGUUUGGCAGCAUCCAGAGAAUGUGUGCUUCCAACCGUCCACUCCUGCAAUAUCACCUGUGGACCACAUGGAGGAACUCUGGAUGUGGAGAUGGGCAUCUGCCAGUGUGAGCGAUAUGUGUCCGCCGAGGAGCUUUGCAAUACUUCCUGCCUUUCCGAGCUGCCUCAGCUCUCUGCUCAGCUUGCACCAGAUGGACACUUGCUGCUCAGCCUCAAAGAAAGAGACAGCACUGUCUGGGCCAAGACAAUAAUGAAUAUUUUAGGACCAGACAUCCAUGCAAAGAAUAUUGGGAAAACACAUUUGGUGCAGUUUGACUCUGAAGGGGUGUUUGGUUGGAUUCCUACACAAAAAUACCUUGUCGAUCAGUUUCUGUUAGAACCACAAGAAAUCCAAAACACGAGACCCAGAAACAGAAGAGACACAGAACAUGAUGAUGAUGAUGAUGAUGGUGACCCGGCUGUCUUUCCUCGUAUCCCAAACCCUGUUGUCUGCCUGUCCUGUGGCGACAUGCUCGUUUUUCAUCUCACCAUCAACUACACUGACCGCCGUCUCAGCCACUUCCCGGUGUAUCAAAAAGACCACCUGUUCAACAGUAACCCCAGCUGGGACUUUGGUGCUUUCAGACGUCUGCAGAUACUCAUGAAGCAGACGAACUUCAAUGCUUCGAGAUUUGCUCAUGUGUUCUUAGAAACAGGGAAGUAUGUGUUUGUGGACAGCGCUGUCCCUCAGUGGAGUAUGGUAGUGGUGGUCAGUGAGGAGGGGACAGAGUGUGACCACAGGGCUGCUGUGUUCCAACCAAUGACUCCGGCACAACUGGUCAAAUAUGGGAUUGUCAAGCAGCACAGACUCAACCUCCUUCCUGACUGGGGAGUGAUUACUGGGGUUCUGAGUCUGCUGUUGGUUGUGGUCAUAGUUGCGACCACCACAGUCCUAGUUCUGAAACCUGGCAAGGCAAAGCUAGUCUCCCAGUGGAGAAUAAAGCCAAAGUGGCGCAGCCUUGGGGAGCCCUUCUGUCCGGUGGAGUGUGUCUGCAGCAGAGAAAGCAUCGCUGUCCCAAGCCAAGGUGGCCUCCUUGGUAGCAGAGGUGUGGGAGAAGGAGCAGAAGCUGAGGAACCUGCUGUUUCAAAAGGAGGAAGUGCGUCAAAGUGCUGUGAUUUGGAGGAGUUCAAUGUGAAGACUCUGUAUGACAAACUUGAAGAUCAGAACCUCCAUAUAGCCUCACAACUGGCCCGACACCGCAAAGACAUACAGGAGUUUUAUAGAAACAUUUGUCAACAGACUGAAUCACUCAAGAAUGUCUUCGAGAAUAUGGAUCAUAAAAAACUGAGUCUUCUUAAAGAGAUACUUGUCCAUAACGUGAUGAAGGAUAAACCUUCUAACAGCACUGUGGGGGAGCAAGAUACACAAGCUGAGGCCUCUGUAUCAUUACUGGGAGCUGUUCUCAGGUCAGUGGAAGCUCUUCUAUUCCGGCUGACAGGAGAAGCUUGGCAGAUCCAGGAUCCUUAUUGUCAUGCCGGUUCUCAUGAUACCAGGGAGUGUGAACCUCAAGCUGGAUACAUGCAACCUAGUGACACCAACAUGUGUUAUACACAGUUUUCAUCUGUGAAUAUGACCAAAGCAGGAACCCUGUCCCGUGAGCCAGUUCAUCCUUUUCUAAGUGAUCAUGACCUGUCCAAGCUGGUCACAAUAUCUCCUCUAUUCAAGACCCUGCAGGAAAUCCAGCAGUCUUUACAAAACCUAACAACAGAUGAGCCAAAUCAGCUCCUCAACGCAGCUCCAGAGAAUUCUGCCCAGGGGAGUCGUGACAGACAACUCAUCCCGACUGCACUGGACAACCUAUCACCACAACACUCUGCCAUUUUUCUGUUUGGCUGUCAGGUCAUGCAGUUGCUCGCAAACCGCCCCAUGUUUCCUAAUGUGCUUCUGCUCCUGGCAAAGUCAAUCCCCUUUUCUUCAUCUUCCUCUAAUGAGAGUUUACUGCCACAUUGCUCAGGGGACUUUUACUUUGAUUCAGCCAAUCAAAUUCUUUAUCUGUCAGAAGAAAAGCUGCAGCACGUGGGAUGCUUCAUCGCUAUCAUCCUGCAGUCCAUGGCCCACAUCGCAUCAGGAUCCAACCCCCAGAGCUUUAUGCAAGCUCUCCUUGAGGCCAUUUCAGCUCUAAGCCUUCAGCUGUUCAACGUUUCUUUCACAGGGAGCACAGCAGAGUCAAAUUUCAGUGCUACAGAGGGGCGGCACAGCACAUUAGCAGAGGAAUUUCUCAACAUUAGAGUUCCCACUGAAGCGCGCUUCACUGAGCACCUACUAGCCAGCAGACUCAAGAAGUAUAAGUAUUUCAAGUUGGAGCAGCUCAUCGCGAACCUCAAACAGGGUUCAACUCAGGACAUCCAGUCAGGUUUGUCACCAAAAGGGACACCAAUGCAGAUGUCCUGUGUAGAAGAAGAAAUUGACCGCAUGAAUGAGUCUUUCUUGCUGCUGAGCAUGCAGCUGCAGAAGAGAGCUGAAAUAAACACAUGGCUAAAGGAGAGAGAGAACAGCACUGGAAACCAUUCUGCGAGGGCAACACCAACGAGCAUGCCAAGCCUGAGUCGUAAUGGAACAAUCCUGCUGGAACUGAAGAGACGCUAUGUAUCACAGCGCCUCAAUGAGCUCCAAAUCACAUUAGGCCAGAUCAGAGAGUGCCAGCAGCAUGACAGCAAGUCGAAAGACAGGACAAGAGGCCAUAUGCAAACAGACAGCAUUGCCACUCAGCAGGAGGAAGGAGAGCAUUAUCCCGGUGUAGCUGGCUGCAGUCCCGCUGACAACCAGCAGCCGAACAGUAUUUCAGCUAGCCAGAAUCACAGCCAGCACACCAUAGAGAGCAGAGGUCUUGGUAACUAUAAACUGGAGAGUCAUAUUUCUGAGCAGCAGAGUAGUGACACUGUCCAGAGCAACAACCCUGAAUCAUUACUGGACUGCCAGGUGCCAGAGAGUUGGCUCCAACCUAAUGCUCCACAGAAACAGGAGUUAAACAGUCAGAUCAGAAUAGAAAACACAACAGGACAAAUGGAUAUUGAUGACGUGGGUGUCUAACGAUCAAAUGUCAAUCUGAGUAUGCAUAAAUCCUAAAAAAACGUUUGUUUUUGAUGUGGUUUUCUCACAUCUUCUGCCUUUUUGUGCUCUUUAAUGUUCAGCCAGAGUUGCUUUGGUUAUCUGUGUCUACUCUAAUAUCCUGUCUUGUUUGUUGAGGGAUGAUCUGAGUGACUUCUGUCUUAAUGUGAACCAGAUUUAAAACAAAUCAGCUGUGUUCUUUUUAAUUAUUUUUGAUCCCAGACGCAUGUAUUUUCUGACAGCAAGCAGUGGCAUGACACAGUCUGUCAUCUUGUCCAAAUAGUUUCUUUGUCAGGAGUUACUGCUGACCGCUUAGACAACCUCUGUUCAUUACCAUAUUCUAAUUAAGACAAUAAACUUCAGCUGAUUGAACACAAGGUGA